AGAAGAUUUACUUAAAGAUAAUAGAGUAAAAAAAUUGAUUUUUUUGAAAACUAAAAAGGUAUAUGUAUAACCCCUUAAUUGAGCAUUUUCUUCUUUUCAGACUCGCACCAGAACUGCUCUUUUCAAAUGCAUCAAAACCGACGGAAAACUGGAGCCUGCAAGAGGGCUACGCAGACUUCGGUUUAUUUCUCAAAUACUACCCACGACCUGCUGUGGAUCUGUCGGAAAAAUAUCGACUUCGGCUAAAAUUAAAUUUCAAUGAAACUUUCAAUAACUCCAACUGCGCCAACUUCAGCACGGUAGCUGUAUAUUUACACAACGCUGUGGAUUUUCCCUACAAAGGAAGGAGCGCCAUAUUUGUUGAACCAGGACGAAUAGUGGAUGUUACGGUGAAACCAGUCGUAAAACUAUCGCCUAAUAUUCUAAAAUACUAUUCAUCUGAAAGUGUCAAAUGCUACUUCGAAGGUCAACGCAAAUUACGCUUCUUUAAAAUUUACAGCCAAGAAAACUGUGAACUGGAGUGUCGCAUAAAUUAUUUUCUCGAGAAGAAAAAAUGUGCUCUGGCCUACAUGCCCCGAACGGCUGGAACAAAGCUGUGCCGAAACAGCUUCCAAUGGGAGGAUCAGUUUGAUAAGGAUGCUUUGCUGUUGGCGAAGGUAGAUAAAUUCCCACUGUCGAAGUAUUUUGUGAACACUUGCAACUGUCUGCCAACGUGCAAUCAAAUCGAAUACGGCCAAGAGGUUUCACAAAUUGCAAUCAACGAAAGCUUUUCUGAUCUAGUGAUUCAUUACCGAGAGGACUACUUCUAUGGAUUCAAAAGAACAAUCCGAUACGGAUUGAUGGAUUUCCUAGCGUACACUGGCGGAUUAUUGUCGUUAUUUUUGGGAAUUUCCGCUCUCACAUUUAUAGAGAUGAUAUACUAUUGCAUGCUACGACCAUUUUUCUCGUAA